ACAGGAAUUCUCGCGAGAAGUGUGGGAGCGGCAGUCAUGGCGGCGGCGGGAAGCGGCCCCGGCUCGGGAGUGGGUGCAGCGCCCGGCCCGGGCCCGGCGGCGGCAGCGGCCUCUAAUGCCACAUCCCCAGAAGAAGGGGAGACCAAACCGGUGGUGGCGGUGGCCUCCGCGCCGGCUGGAGAGGGCCUGUCUGCUGCUCCAGCGGCGGCGGAGGCCGCGUCCUCUGGAGAGGCUGCAGAAAAUGGGGAUGCCAAUGUGGCUGAUGUGAGUGGUGGUUUGGAGACAGAAUCUGCUAAUGGAAAAGAGACCCUAGAAGGUGCUGGGGAUACGGCAGAGGCAAUGGAUACUCAAGCAGGCUCUGUGGAUGAGGAGAACAGUCGGCAGUUGGGAGAGGUAGAGCUCCAGUGUGGGAUAUGUACAAAAUGGUUCACGGCAGACACCUUUGGUAUAGAUACUUCAUCCUGCCUGCCCUUCAUGACCAACUACAGUUUUCAUUGCAAUGUGUGCCAUCAUAGUGGGAAUACCUAUUUCCUCCGCAAGCAAGCAAACUUGAAGGAAAUGUGCCUUAGUGCUUUGGCCAACCUGACAUGGCAAUCUCGAACACAAGAUGAGCAUCCAAAAACUAUGUUUUCCAAAGAUAAGGAUAUCAUACCAUUUAUUGAUAAAUACUGGGAGUGCAUGACAACCAGACAGCGACCUGGAAAAAUGACGUGGCCAAAUAACAUUGUUAAAACAAUGAGUAAAGAAAGAGAUGUUUUCUUGGUAAAGGAGCAUCCUGAUCCUGGGAGUAAGGACCCAGAAGAAGAAUAUCCAAAAUUUGGACUUUUGGAUCAGGAUCUUAGUAACAUUGGUCCUGCUUAUGACAAUCAAAAACAAAGCAGUGCCAUGUCUACCGGUGGAAAUCUAAAUGGGGGAAUUACAGCAGGAAGUAGUGGAAAAGGAAGAGGAGCAAAGCGCAAACAACAGGAUGGAGGAACCACAGGGACGGCAAAGAAGGCCCGGAGUGAUCCUUUGUUUUCUGCCCAGCGCCUUCCCCCUCAUGGUUACCCCUUGGAACACCCAUUUAACAAGGAUGGCUACCGGUAUAUUCUAGCUGAGCCUGACCCCCACGCCCCUGAUCCUGAGAAGCUUGAACUUGACUGUUGGGCAGGAAAACCUAUUCCUGGAGAUCUCUACAGAGCCUGCCUGUAUGAACGGGUUUUGUUAGCCCUACAUGAUCGAGCUCCCCAGUUAAAGAUCUCUGAUGACAGGCUCACCGUGGUUGGAGAGAAAGGCUAUUCUAUGGUUCGAGCUUCUCACGGUGUUCGGAAAGGCACCUGGUACUUUGAAAUCACAGUGGACGAGAUGCCUCCUGACACUGCAGCCAGACUUGGUUGGUCCCAGCCAUUAGGUAAUCUUCAGGCUCCUUUAGGUUAUGAUAAAUUUAGCUAUUCUUGGCGAAGCAAAAAAGGGACCAAGUUUCACCAGUCUAUUGGCAAACACUACUCCUCUGGCUAUGGGCAGGGAGAUGUCCUGGGAUUUUACAUCAAUCUCCCUGAAGACACAGAGACUGCCAAGUCACUGCCUGAUACUUACAAAGAUAAAGCUCUGAUAAAAUUCAAGAGUUAUCUGUAUUUUGAGGAAAAAGACUUUGUGGAUAAAGCAGAGAAGAGCCUCAAGCAGACGCCACAUAGUGAGAUAAUAUUUUAUAAAAACGGCGUCAACCAAGGUGUGGCUUACAAAGACAUCUUUGAGGGAGUGUACUUUCCCGCCAUCUCGCUGUACAAGAGCUGCACGGUUUCCAUUAACUUUGGACCAUGCUUCAAGUUUCCUCCAAAGGAUCUCACUUACCGCCCUAUGAGUGACAUGGGCUGGGGCGCUGUGGUGGAGCAUACCCUGGCUGAUGUCUUAUAUCACGUGGAGACAGAAGUGGAUGGGAGGCGUAGUCCCCCCUGGGAGCCCUGACCACGACCCUCUUAUCUCUAUCUUUG